GUACCGGGCGAAAUUGGGCGAGCCCCGCCCCUCAACACCCCCGUUCGCAAUUCCAAUUUCCAGCCUUAGGAUGUCGCCGCUCCUCCCUUAUCCUCUCCCCCUCCCCUCCCUAGUAGAUAAGAAGAAGACAUCCUCUGCUGAAUCCUGAUCAAUCAAUCCUCCACCUCUCUCUCCUCGUCUCCUCCUCCUCAGGCCUCACUCUGUGUGUGUGUGUGUGUGUCUCUCUCUCUCUGCGGCUGCGGCUGCGGCUUCUGCUUCUAGUUCCUCGCCCUCAUCUCUCCUUCGCAUCUCCCUCCAUCUCUCCGUCCCCCGCGGCUGCUCGCUCGCCUUAAUAAUUCCCUUCCCAUGGCUUCUCUUACGGCCGCGGCCACCUCCAACGCGCUCCCCCUCUCCUACCCUCCUUAUCCCUGCUCCGCCAACAAGCCGCGGCGGUGGUGCUCCGCGGCCCCGAGCGUCUGGCUCUCCUCCUGCUGGUCCAUCUCCUCGACUUCCUCUGCUUCCUACUGCGUCUCGUACCCGCAUGGGAAGGGGCUGAAGGGGCUGAAGGGGCAGCAGGCCGGGCGAGGCGGGCUGCUGGUGGUCCGCGCGGCCCGCGGCAAGUUCGAGCGGAAGAAGCCGCACGUGAACAUCGGCACCAUCGGGCACGUGGACCACGGCAAGACGACCCUGACGGCGGCUCUGACCAUGGCGCUGGCCUCCAUGGGCAACAGCGCCCCCAAGAAGUACGACGAGAUCGACGCGGCCCCCGAGGAGCGCGCCCGCGGCAUCACCAUCAACACGGCCACGGUGGAGUACGAGACGGAGUCGCGGCACUACGCCCACGUGGACUGCCCCGGGCACGCCGACUACGUGAAGAACAUGAUCACGGGCGCGGCCCAGAUGGACGGCGCCAUCCUCGUGGUGUCGGGCGCCGACGGCCCCAUGCCCCAGACCAAGGAGCACAUCCUCCUCGCCAAGCAGGUCGGCGUCCCCAACAUGGUCGUCUUCCUCAACAAGCAGGACCAGGUCGACGACGAGGAGCUGCUCCAGCUCGUCGAGCUCGAGGUCCGCGACCUCCUCUCCUCCUACGAGUUCCCCGGCGACGACGUCCCCAUCGUCUCCGGCUCCGCCCUCCUCGCCCUCGAGGCCCUCAUGGCCAACCCUAACAUCAAGCGCGGCGACGACCCCUGGGUCGACAAGAUCUACGCCCUCAUGGACGCCGUCGACAGCUACAUCCCCAUCCCCCAGCGCCAGACCGACCUCCCCUUCCUCCUCGCCGUCGAGGACGUCUUCUCCAUCACCGGCCGCGGCACCGUCGCCACCGGCCGCGUCGAGCGCGGCACCAUCAAGGUCGGCGACACCGUCGACCUCGUCGGCCUUAGGGAGACCCGCAGCACCACCGUCACCGGCGUCGAGAUGUUCCAGAAGAUCCUCGACGAGGCCAUGGCCGGCGACAACGUCGGCCUCCUGCUCCGUGGUAUGCAGAAGGCCGACAUCCAGCGAGGGAUGGUCCUGGCCAAGCCCGGCACCAUCACCCCCCACACCAAGUUUGUCGCCAUCGUCUAUGUGCUUAAGAAGGAGGAGGGCGGCCGGCAUUCCCCCUUCUUUCCGGGCUACCGCCCCCAGUUCUACAUGCGCACCACCGACGUGACGGGCAAGGUGACUUCCAUAAUGAACGACAAGGAUGAGGAGUCGAAGAUGGUGAUGCCUGGAGACCGCGUCAAGAUGGUCGUAGAGCUUAUCGUGCCGGUGGCGUGCGAGCAGGGCAUGCGCUUCGCCAUCAGGGAGGGCGGGAAGACGGUCGGGGCCGGAGUCAUCCAGUCCAUCAUUGAAUGAUUAGAUAUCAGAACUCCUGUUUGCCUGGCUUCUGAUUCCUCUGCUUUCCAUUACUUUGUAGUUGAAAUUCUCUCGUCUUGCAGGGGCAGCUGCUUGCGUGAAAUGCUACUCCCGAGUCGGUGAGUUUGCAAACUUUAGGUUAAUGAUACAUCAGGUUGCAAUUAUCUGAACUAUCAGUGCCCAAGGACAGUCGUUUUCUUAUUAUUAUACCUUUCAGUUUUGCUCCCUCGUUAUUUUUUUUCUUUUUUUUUUCGCGGUAGUUGAAACGUAAGUGUGCUUAUGGGGGGGUCUCUCCGGAUGCCCUGAGUUAAUUGAACUCCAUGAUUGCUGUCUGCUUGGUGUCUCUAACUUAUUUAAGAAUGGCAUAUUCUAUAUUGUGAUA